UAAAAUAACACAACUACUCUUGAAAUGACUAACAAAAGAAAACAUAAAAAUUUUUUACUUAAAGCAUGUUCUGAUAUUUUUACAAGUGAUGUAAUAUUAAAAAAAAUGUAUUAUGUAAAAGCAAUAUUUUGUUUGUUUACUAUUUCUUAUGGAGUUGCUGCUCCAAGCUUUUGAGGAAAAAAGUCUUUACGUGAGUGCAGGAAAUGCAUCUUGUGUAAUGUUCUGCAACCCAUUUUUUCAAUGUCUCCAAUCAUGUGAAGACCACACAGAUUCUCAAGUAUUAUUAAAUGAAGUUAGAAGCAACUUGUCUCAAAAUGAUUUCAACUAUUUACAAAAAUAUGGUGCUCUUGGUUUCAUUUCUGCAUUUGAUGCUACUCAAAUCAAUUUUGGUUCCUAUUGUCAAAGGGUACGAGGGUGGUUUCAGGCUGAAACUUUAGGAAAUUAUACAUUUUUUAUUUCUUGUAGCAGUAAUUGUCAACUUUAUUUAAGUAGCAACAUUGACAGUGAAAAAAAGAUACAAAUUGCUUAUCAAGUAAAUUCAUCUGGAUAUACAGACUGGAAUAAGUAUCCUCAACAAAAGUCUAUCCCAAAGUAUAUACAAGCUAAUUGGAGAUACUACAUUGAAGGAAAAAUGUGUAACCUAUCACCUGCUUACAUUUCAGUUGCUGUGCAGAAAGAAGGAAAUAAUACUCUUCCAUUAUCAUCUUUGUCAAGUGAUUGGUUCAGUCCAAUGAGAAUUGGUUUGUUUUUAGAAGUUGCAAAAACUACAACUAUGUCAUUUUGUUCCUAUUUUAUGUUGUUAUGGAUAUCAAAAAAAUUUAUCAAUAGUUUAUAUUUAUGGAACCCAAUCAAGGAGAGGUUGAUUCAGGAUUUAAACAUGAUGUUUUAA